ACAACUUAAAACAUGAUGAUGCGAUGUUUGGUAGAAACAGCACACGAUGCGGUUCCACUCAUUUCUGCUGCAGGUGGAUUGUGAUCAUGACAACUGCCUCCACGCAUCAGCCGAGGUUUUCAAUUAGACUAAUUACAAAAACAAGGUCGCUGUCGUCCAGUGAGCGGAGCCUCACCUCCAGAACCUGAACUUGGUUCAGGCCUGUUACAGUACUGGAUCAAUAGAGACAAAGCAGGAUUCAGCCUUUAUUAGUGGGGAGCUCUGAACUGGGACCCGUCUGGACUCUGGACCAGUGUCUCCAGGAAUGAGAAUGACCACUUUCCAGGAUUUGGAAACACAAAAAUCACUAGAAUGUGAGUCAAAGAGUGUGAGGGGCCUGAACAGCAGCUGAUUGCAUGUUGUAAUCCAGAAGGCAUGUGGUACCUGUACCAGCAGGCCCUCAACGUCACAGGCGUUUCAUCUUUCCUGCCCUGGAACAAAGACAACGGUACCGUUUCCAGACGCCAGCGCAGAGUUCCGCUCCUCAGGACGUCACCAGGCAUGUUAAAAUGCCCAAACUUCUGCUGUCAAGGAUUCGCUUUUACGAAAUUAGGGAUUUGGUGCAAAAUGUGAAGCAGCCUAGAAGGACUGACAUAGUUUGUAAUUCAAAGAGACGCAGGAGAGAUUUUCAGGAACUUAUGGUACAAAACACAGAUGAUAUGACCUCUACAAAACACAGAUUUCAGACGAACUGUGACCUCCACCUCAACAAACUGCUGAAGAAGAAAAAAUAUUUGGCAGCGUUCCGCACGUUCCUGCAAUCGGAGUACAGUGAUGAAAACCUGGAGUUCUGGCUCGCGUGUGAAGACUUCAAGGCGACGUCCUCGGCCGAGAAGCUCCGCUGUAGAGCAGAGGCCAUUUACCAGGAGUUCAUCCAGCCCACAGCUCGCAGAGAGAUCAACGUCGACUGCCACAUUAGAGAGAAGAUCAGAAAGUCCUUGGCUAAACCCAGUCGCUCCUGCUUCGACGAGGCCCAGAAACACGUUUACCUGCUGAUGGAAAGCGAUUCCUGCCCCAGAUUCCUACAGUCCGACGCCUACCUGAGUCUAAAGCACAAAUCCAGAACUCUGUGGUACAUUUAGAGGGAAACCAAGCUAUUACUCUUAAAACACUGUAUCGGGACUGUUUGUGUUGUUUUGUUUUUCCUAAUCUGGUUGAAUGCAAAGUUAUUUCACGUCGUAUGAAAGUAUAAAACCAAUUAAGUGCAACUUGUUUAAACAACAAGGUGUCGAGCUGCACAAUGGUGUGAUGUUGUACAGCUGCUGAUGCAUGUGAGAGCAGAGUUUAGGCUUUGUGUCGACUGAAAGCUGCUGCAAGCUGAGGUUCAGUAUUCAAUCAUUCAAAAGAUAAUGAUAAAUAUAAUAAAUGUUCUUUCUGACA